CACGCACGUGCAUAUUUCACCGGAGGCGGGCGGGGGUGAGCGAGCGCCGCCCGACGCUUCUUUUGAGAGCAAAGCAAAGGGAGGAGGAGGAAGACUCAAAUGGCUGCGCGAAUUCGUUCGCGUGGAAUGUGCCUCGCUGCACGCCCCCCCCAAACCUCCUCGACAGCCGAAACGUCUCAUGAAUAAUUCAUCACGGCGCUACAUAUUCAAGAGUCGCUACCUUCACGCGAGGGCUCCUGCUUGGCCCCUAAGGGCUGUGUUGUGGCCAAGAGAGGCUGCGUGGCGUGUGUGGAGGAGGAGGAGGAGCAAGGAGGGAGGGGGAGAUGAAGAAGUGAGAUGCGCCGGCAACACGCUCCGUGUGCCCCGUGCCUUCCUCCUGCCGUCACCGUGCGGGUGACUCCGUGCGAGGUCCCAGCGACUCCGCUUGUGAGAACAAUCGCGACUCCCCCCCAUCAGCCGUGACCUGCCUGUCCAUCGCCAUCAGCCGUGACCUGCCUGUCCAUCGCCAUCAGCCGUGACUCUUGGGGCGGCUGUGACUCUCUGCAUCGCCAACGGCCGUGACUUUGAUCGCCACCAACGGCCGUGGUUGAAAGCCGUGAAAACGAAUUCAUCCGAGCGUCACCAUCACACCCCCCCCAUCACCACCACCAAACGACCCGUCAUCCAUCUGAUCGCACGCCUGUCGACAACUCCACCGACAGCACUUGGCAGAGAGGGACCCCUUUCCUCUCCUCCAGCCGCUCUUGGUGCAAGGCGACUGCGACUUCAUCCCGAGCGAUGGCCACCGGCUACCGCAAUCCGAACGCGUCGGAUUUCCUGGAGGAGUGGAAGGCCCGGCGCGAGAAGCUUCGUUCCAGAAUUCCGGGAGCUCCUCCAGCGCCGAGUCCCGCGGGUGGAUUGUCCAGCAGCAGUAGCAGCACCACCGCCACGGCCACCACGGCCACCACCGCCUUUGGUGGUGGUGGUGGAGGAGGUGGUGGUGGUCUCCGCAACGGAGCGCCUGGAGACGCGACAUCUCAGGCCGGCGGUGGCCUCGCCCCGAGCGUGUCGGGUCUCGCCGGCGCCUUCAACUCGCUCGCCGUGGCGCCCGCGGCCACGGCGAGGGUCACGGGGCCGGGGGCCACCGCCGGCAGGCGACUCGCCGAGCCUCCUGCCGCGGACAGGAAGGCGGCGGCGGUGGUCCAGGAGAGGACGGGGGGCGGCGGCGGCGGCGGCGGGGCCGACGCGGCAGGGGCCGUCGCCAGCAUCGGCACCACCACCACCGGCACCACCACCAGCAGCACCACCGGCACCACCACCGGCACUACCACCACCGGCACCACCGCCAGCAGCAUCACCGCCAGCAGCAUCACCGUGUCGUCGUCGUUGGCCGUCAAGGAGAAGAAGGCAGCAGCAGCGGCGGCGGCGGCCGGACCGAGCGCCAGGAAGAGCAAAGGUCAGAUCGAGAAGCGCAAACUGCGCGAGAAGAGAAGGUCGACAGGGGUGGUGAACCUCACCGCAGAGAGCCCAGAAGAGGAUGAGGAGGAGGUGCGUCAGAAACAUCGGCCGGACGAGGAGGAAGCGACGCAGCACAACACCUUGAUCAACGAGACCUCACCCAGGCCAAGUCCUAUGGGCAGAUGGAAAGGGGCCGGCGGUGCCGUCGACGAAGCGGCGGUGGUGGUCACGGCCGCGGGGCAGACGCGUGCGGGCCCGGAUUGCCUGGCGAGGGCCCCCCGGCGCGAGGGCCCAGCGGGCGGGGCCCUGGAGAGGCGCGUGGACGAGCUGGAGAAGGAGCUGGCGCGGGAGCGGUACGAGAAGCAGCAGCUCGGGCAGCGGCUGGAGGACAACGAGGACGUCGUGCGCAAGCUUCACGCCGAGAUUGAUCUUCUCAACCGGGAUCUAGACGACCUGGAGGACGAAAACGAGCAGCUGAAGGAAGAGAACAAGACUCUGCUGCGUGUGGUGGGCCAGCUGACUAAGUGAGGUGUGGCAGCAGCAUCGCGGUGGCGGGGAGGGGGUGGUGGGCGCGCAGAAGCUCUCCUGCACAGCUGAGGCCGUCCUGCGAAAAUCACCGACCUCCUGCAAAAACUAGCCUUUGUAGCGAGACGAGAAUCGCCCGUCCCUUUGUGCGUUGUUGUCCCCCGUUCAGCUGCCGAUCUAAAAGUAGUUUGGGGAUUAAAAAAAAAUAAAAGUUUUUGUUUUCUUCCCCUUUUGUUUGUCACCCACUGGACCGGCGACACCGAUGCCGGCGACGGCCAGUUGUGGUUCCCGCAUUUAGCCAGGCCAGGGGGGGACGUCGCGGGAAGACGGCGUGAUGUGCGCCGCUUCCUGAACCAGCCAGCGGUUUGGGGGAAAUAAAAUAAAUGAAUCUAUCAAUGUGGGGGGUGAGGCGCGAGGCGAAUUUCAGGAGUGGUGGGGGGGGAGAGGUCUGUUGCGGGGUGGUUGCUUUGGGAAGCUAGAAUAUCAAUUUUGCACAUUGCCCAUCGCCCCUUUCAUGUCAGCCGACUGGGGAUUCAUAUCGGGGGGGGGGGGGUGGUCUUUUGUAAGGAAAAGGCGGUGGUGGGGGAGUGCAACUCCUGAGAAUAGCCUGAACGGUGUUCCUCCAAGGGGGGAUGGCGGCGCUGUGAAGAACGCUUGCGCACACGAGGACAGUGUCAACCUCUUUCUCACCUCGGCUGUCGAUCGGACGUGGCAAGGGCGCGGAGACCCUGGGAGUCGACGGAGAGUCCCUGAACCACGGAGGAUGCGAGAAAGCGGAGACCGGGGUGGGUGGGGGGGUGGACUGUUGGAGAGUUACACACGUGUUUGCUUGAUUUUUCCAGCCACGCUGGCACAGGUGCGCGGGCGUGGAUGUGUUUGUUGACGUCGCCGUCGAGGACGUCUGAGCUGUGGAAUUUCGUUGCAAAAAGUUUUCAGCGAAAAGAUAAA